GCAAUUUUAUAGAAUUAAAUCUUAUUUAUCUUCAGAUAUAAAAACUAUAUUUACCAGCUGAAACACUAACGCAUAUGCAGUAUAAUAUAAUCUACUUAACAAUCUCGUUUUAGUUAUAAUAUGUGAUUAAUUCUUUUGCUAUUUCGCUAUAAACAGUUUUUUGUGCAUACAAUAUUUUUUUAUAGUAUUCUAAUAUAUUGUUAGAUAUUGUAAAGAAAGUAAAAUACAGUUAUUGAAGUGUGGGAACAUUCAAUGUUAACCUUGCUUCAAAAAAUAAUCUUUCGAAUGAAUGGGGAAUAGAUUUUUAGUAUUAUAGUUGGUAUAAUGUCAUCAUUGUUUACAAUGUGUUAGAGUUAAAGAAAUGAGACAAAUUAAUAUUUCAGAAGCAAAUUCAAUAUUUAAAUGAUGUUAUUUUAAAAUGGCAGAUGAUAUGAAUGUUCUUUUUAUACGAGGAAAUGGAAACGUAUGUAUGGUAAUGGAAACGAUACAGACACAGCCAAUGAUAAUGUUUGGGACGAUAGUGCAUUAAUAGAAGCAUAUGAUAAAGCAAUAAAUUUAGCAAAAGAAGAAGUUAUCAAGCGAAUGGGAAUGGAUGUUGGAAAUUCUCAACCGAAAGAAAACCUACAAAAUCUUAAGCAGCCUAAACACGCAAGUAAAUUACACAAGAAAUGGAUCAUAGGAGCACCUUGUCGUGCAAUAUACUCAGAGGAUGGAGAAAUUUAUGAAGCUAUAAUAUCAAAAAUUUACGAAAACAAUGGCACGUGUGUUGUAAAAUUUGUAGGCUAUGGUAAUACAGAGAAAGUCGAGUUGAGUUCUCUUUUAGAAUCAGAAGGUUUGCAAAGUCAAAUAGCACAACAAAAGAAAGCUUUGGAAGAGAAAUUCAAUGAAGAGAACGACGAGACUUGUGAGACUAAUUUUUCUACAAAUGUAAAUUCGAAAAAAUAUAAUGUAGAAAAAAUGGAUUGUGCACAUCACUUCAUAUCGGGACCAUCUUUCAAUUCGAUGACUGAUAUAAUGCCACCUGCACCUCCUUUACCACCAUAAUUAAUGGCCGAGUAAGUACAAUUUAAAAAUUCUAAUGAAAUGCUGAAUACUUCUAAUAUUAAUAAGUAAUUUGGAAUAAGUUUAACAUUUUAUUUGGAAAAAAAAAAUACGAAAUUUUAAUAAAAUGUACUAGAUUACCAGAUAAUGAUACAGACGCACUUUCAAGUAUGUUGAUGUCAUGGUAUAUUAGUGGUUUUCACACAGGUUAUUAUCAUGGUUUGAAACAAGCAAGAAACAAUCAAGAGAACAGGAAGAAGUGUUGAUUAUAUCAAUUUUUUCAAUAACAAUAUAACGAUAAUAUAAGAUAUAAUAAAAUAUAAAACUCAUUGUAUUUAUUUACUUCAAUUAUUUGAAAUAAAGAACAGCUUUAUUUUCAUAUAA